AACUUUCUCUCUCCAGUGUUGCUUUCUUGUGCUUGUAUAUAUAAAACUAAUUCAAAACCCCCAAAAAUUCCCCCAUUUCGCCCUAAUUCUUAAAUUAUUACCCUUUUGCGCCCCCCCUCUCCUCUCUCUCUCUCUUCCCCUUCGCAAUAUGAGCGGGUCUUCUUCUUCUUCUUCUAGGGUUUCGAUCCCCAACAGCCUUCGCAAGACGAUCCAGAACUUGAAGGAGAUCGCCAAGAAUCACAGCGACGAUGAGAUUUACGCAAUGCUCAGGGAGUGCUCCAUGGAUCCCAACGAGACCGCUCAAAAACUCCUCCUCCAAGAUCCGUUUCAUGAGGUGAAAAGGAAGCGUGACAAGAAAAAAGAGAUCACCAAAGAACCAGUUGAUGCUAGGUGGAAGCCAGUAUCACAGGGGAGAGUGGGCCGGGGUGGUCGGGGGAACUAUUCAUCGCGUUAUACAUCUCAUGAUGCUGGUGGUGAAAGGAGCAUUGGCAAGGAAAAUGGAACACAACAGUCUACAGAUAAAGUCAUUACAUCUUCAUCCUUGCCCCCUUCGCAGGAUGUGGAAACCAAGUCAAGUGUUCACGCAUCAGGUUCUGAAUCUGGGCGUCCCGAUGGUCCUGCUAAAGAUGAGAACCCAGUUCCAGUGCAGGUGUCCACAUCCAAAAAUUCUAGUGUUGGUGAAGCCAGCUCACUCAAACGAACUUCCGCAGCCACAUUAACUAGUAAGAUUGGGAAACCAUCAAGAGUUGGUGCCAAAAGUCCUGUGCCUCUGCAUCAUGUGUCGGGUUCUGUCAAUCACUUUUUAUCAUCCCCAAAACAAGCAUCUGGUUCUGGAGUAUAUUCCUCACCUUCCGACCCUGUUCUAGUACCUUCUCUUGAUGCACGUGUCCCAGGCAGUGUGGGUACCAUCAAACGCGAAGUUGGAAGCCAGCGGAUAUCUGUUGAAGCAGCAGUUGACAAAGUUGUUUCUCGUGAUGUGUCUGGUUUGGAAUUUUCAUCCUUGACUGAAACAGAUUCAUCUGAAGUGAACAAUUCACAUGCACAUGAAAAAAUGCAAGGAAAAUCUCAAGAGUUUGAUGGGAACCAAUUUUUUGAUGUGUCUCAAUCUUCAAAUUCUUUAUCACACACUAGUUCUGCUGGUAGCAGACCUUCUUCUAAUUACAAUAAUCGAGCACAACAGUUAAGUGGUCCACAGAAAGCGGUUGGUCCUACGAAGGAGUGGAAACCGAAAUCAACAAACGUAAAACCUGCUCCAGUGGCUGGAAAAGUUGAAACUACUGCUAAGGAGCAUGCAUCACAGGAAGCUGUUGAACACUCACUGCCUGUAUCAAGCUCUUCAUUGGAUGAGCCUACUACAAAGCUACAAAACAAGUUCGGGGAGUUGCAGUUUUCAGACACUAAACAUGUUAUUAUCCCAAAUCAUCUGCGAGUUCCAGAAUCUGCAAGAACUGGGUUGAGUUUUGGAAGUUUUGAUCCAAAUUUUGGGAUAACAUCAAGUUUUGCAAAUGAUAUUGAAAGUGAGAAAGGCUCUGCUGAACUAUCUGACACAUCUCAGGAGAUUGUGGAGAAUGUUGAAGUGCAGACUUCAAGUGUUCAGAUCGUAUCACCAUCUGUUCAAGAAGUAGAGGUUGUUGACCGUUCCCAUUCACCAGAAAAGAUGCACGAAAACCUUGCUUCCAUUGGUGAUUAUCCCCAGCCGUCCACAGAGAUGCCCGAAAAUCUUACAUCUGAAGAGCCUGACAGUUCCUCUAGUACCCCUGCACCUCCAGAAUUCAAUCAAUCGAAAGCAGAAGCAGCUCCAAAUCUGGAGAGCUCUCAAUAUUCAGUUGUCCAUACUUCACCAACCUAUUCAAAUUUUGGACUGGUGCCACAAAUGCUUGGGAAUCAAUUUGCAGCCGUUGAAAGUUCCGAGUCUCAGCCACGGGACGCCAAUCACAUUCCAAGCUUUCUCGUUCAGCAACCAUUUGAUCCUGCUUCAAGCUAUUAUAAUUCAAUAUACAGACCUGCUGCUGAUGGCGAUGGCCGUUUCUCUCCCUUUUUUGCUCCUGCUCCUGCGGCUAAGUACAAUGGGAAUGUUGCAGUCUUACCUGCACAGACUGGCCAGACACCACAAGAGGGUGGGAAUUCUUUGGUUCUAUCAUCAACCGGUCCAGCACCUCUAGUUACAGCUGGCAUGAUGCAAACUUCUCUUGCUGUUAGUCAGCAGUCACUUCCUGUUUUUCGGCAGCCUCCUGGUGUACAUCUUCCUCAUUAUGCCCCUAAUUACCUUCCGUACAGUCAAUAUUUCUCGCCAUUCUACAUUCCAUCUCCAUCUAUGCACCCUUUCUUGAGUAAUGCCGCCUUUCCCCAGCAACCUCCAACAGGAAACAUAUAUCCGGCUCCAGGGGCUCCAGGAGCUGCUCCUGUUAAGUACUCCAUCUCUCAAUACAAGCCUGCAUCUAAUGCUGCGAAUCCAAGUCACAUUGGAGUGCCAACUGGAUAUGGAACAUACAAUCCUUCUGCUGUGACCAGUAGUAGCUCAACUGGCACUGAGGAUCUUGCUUCAUCCCAGUACAAAGAGAACAAUGUCUACGUUGCUGGGCAGCAGGGUGAGGGUUCUGUUUGGAUUCCUACACCAGGAAGAGACAUUCCAGCCAUGCAAGCUACUUCAUUCUACAAUCUCCCUACUCAGGGCCAACACUUAGCUUUCCCUGGAAUUUACCACCAUCCUGCUCAGGCUGUUGCAGCUGGCGCUGGCCAUCCAAUGCUCCAGCAGUCCCAGGCGAUGUCUGGAGCUGUCGAAAUGGUGGGCCCUCCUUCUGGAGUCUACCAACAGCCCCAGCGUACUCAGAUAAAUUGGGUCAAUAAUUAUUGAGCUUAGAGCUACUUCGUAUCAAAGAUCUUAGAGGCUAUAUUGUGUGGAUCUUGGCAUGAAGAGUAUGGAGGUUGGCCUGACAAGAGUGUAUAUAUUUAAGGGAUGGCCAGAAAGUUUAGAAGGGAAAGAUUCAGGAGACCCAUCUGUGACUUAUAAUUAACAAUUGAUAAGUUAGUUGAGGAGGUAUGCGCAGGUCCAUAGACUUUGUUUUGCUGCUGUUCCUUUUAUUUUGUGUUACUUUUUUCGCUAGCCAUCGUAAGUUAAUAUGGGUGGAAUUUUUUAUAUCUUUAACCGGUAAAUCUUCUUUCAUCCUUUUUGGUAGAGGUUCAUACAAAACUAUGGAAGGUAAUAUUUUAAGUUGGUGGGUUUUCAUGGUUUCCACUACCUUCCUUGUAAAGUGAAUUUUGAUAGUAAGAAUUGUAUUACAAACAAUUGUACUUUGGUGUAAUAGCAACAUCGGCUCAUUCUUCCCCUUCUCUUUAAUCUUUAUCAUAAUGGUGCAGAGGUUUCUUGAA